CCAAACCAGCCCCGCGGCUUGUCCUGCGCGCAGAGCGCGGGCUGCUCCGCCCGGGCAGAUAGCAGGAGGCGGGGGCAGGGCCGGCCGGCCGAGCGGCCAUACAACGCAGGGGCGCCCGCCCACCGUGCCUGGGCAAGUCCCCCGCCCGCCGCCGCCGUCUCGGCGCCCGCCCUCCCGCAGCUGAGCUCCCCGCCGCAGCCUUCCCCCGGAUUUGCAUCGCGCGCUAGCCCAGGGCAGGGCAGGGGAGGCGGCGGCGGCGGCGCGGCCCCAGCCGAGCCGGGAGAUGAGCGAGAGUUGCGGGUUUCCUUUGCCUGAUCUGUAAACAUGUCCACUGAUCUGCUAUGGUGUGAGGACUGCAGCAAAAGCCUUAUAGGAGAAUGUAAACUCCAUGGACCACUCAUCAGGGUUAAAGACAGGGUUAUUCCCAGUCGAGCCCGCCUUACCCUACCUCACUACCUCACUUUGCGAGUGCUGGAGCUGCGAGCUGGGAACCAACAGAUCCUUGGAGUGUUUGCUAAGAAAGUUAUACAGAAGAGAACACAGUUUGGUCCUUAUGUUGGGAAACUAUCUACAAAACUUACCCACUAUGAUGACAACAGGCUAGUUCUACAGGUAUUGAAAGAUGACGGAAAGUACUUUCUGGAUGCUCCCAAUGAAGAUACUGGUAACUGGAUGAUGUUUGUCCGACUGGCCCGGAACCAGGAAGAACAGACCCUUGUAGCCUAUCAGUACGCUGGAGAAGUCUACUUCACAACUGUUAAGAGUAGCCAUGGAGUUGGUCACAGAGAAAGCUAUUUCCUACAGCCAAUUGAACCCCACACAGAAUUAAAAGUGUGGUAUGCUGCAGAUUACGCCAAGUUUAUGGAAGCUUCUGCAGUUGUCAUCAAAGAAGAGUCUGAUAGCUGUGCUUUAUCACCAGUUUUAACAACAAGAGAGCGUGCCGACGCCUGGAUAUGCUCCAAUUGUAGUAACGUUUUUGGGACUUUAGCUCUGCUGGAAUCUCACCAAUGCACCAGUAAAGACAAAGCACUUCUCACCAGCUUCAGAGCAGCAAAUAAAUUAGAACCUCUAAAAGCCAAGGGCAAAACCAAAGGCAAACUGAGUGAAACUGGCUUGGGCACAAGCAUUGUCCAGUGCUAUGGGGCCAUUUCCUGUUCCCCUAGUGCAAAGUCUACCUGUGCCAGCUCAGGAAGUGUUUGCGGUUCCAUUGUGAGGUUUGUGCCUACAUGGAGAAAUGAUCAGUCUUCACUACCAAAGGAAAGAGAAGCGAAGCAGCCAGACAGUUAUCACUGUCGACUCUGCGGGAAGAUAUUUGUUUCUGUUGAAAAGCUCACAGCCCACACUUACGCCCACACAGGAGAGCGUCCCUACAGGUGUUCCCAGCCAGGAUGCAUGAAAGCUUUCAUUUCCAAAUAUAAACUGAUAAGGCACUCGGCCACCCACUCUCCACAGAAAUCUCACCAAUGUGGUUACUGUGAAAAGACCUUCCACAGAAAGGACCACCUGAAAAAUCACCUUCAGACUCACAAUCCCAACAAAAUGGCCUUCAAGUGUGAAGACUGUGGCAAGAAGUACAACACCAAGCUGGGUUACAAACGCCACCUGGCUCUUCAUGCAGCCACCAGUGGGGACCUUACCUGCAGGAUGUGCUCCCAAGAGUUCGGAGGCACAGAAGUGUUGUUAGAACACCUCAAAACUCAUGCAGGGAAGCCAGGCAGUGGCACCAAGGAAAAGAAACAUAAGUGUGACCAUUGUGAACGCUAUUUCUACACCCGCAAAGAUGUGCGGCGUCACAUGGUGGUUCACACAGGCUGCAAGGACUUCUUCUGCCAGUUUUGUGCCCAGAGAUUUGGGCGCAAGGACCACUUGACUCGCCACAUGAAGAAAACACAUGCACAAGAGCUGCUGAAGGGCAGGUUGCAGAAUGGUGACUUUCAGGGUCUCUUUGACCCUCUCUCUCCAUUCAGACUGAAGGAAGAUGCCAGUAUCCUGUCCUCUUUUCCUGAGAGGGCUUCUAUGCAGCAUGGGAUUCUGAACACAUUGGAUGCAGAAGAGUAUAGCAGCCCACAUAUUCACUGUCAACAAAGCCUACAGUCUACUCAUCCUCUGGAACCUCCUCACUUGCUAAGGAUGAGCUGUGUAGAUAGUCUCUCAGCCACUCAUUCUAAACCAUCUCCACCAUCAAUUCCUACCAACCAGAAUCUUCAUCAGCACAACAAAUAUGAACUGAGUACUACCUCAUUUGCACCAGCAUCCCUCAAAAACCUACCCAUCGAAGUGGAUGUUAAAGCUCAUAAUGUGAACUUGCUCGAGGACCUGCCUUUACCAGAACCUCACAAAGUCAAUCUGGAAGAAGCUUCCUCGGGGGGUACAGGCGAUGCUGGCAAGUACAUAUUGCACAAGGAGACUGUGACAACAGUUGAAUCUAUUAACAUGCCCUCCAUGGAUCUUACUCAUAUACUGGGUUUCUGGCAGUUCCCUCAGAGUGAUAACCAGAACAACAGUGGGGACAUCACAAUGGCAUUUGGUCAUGAGGAAGCACCACACAGGCUGAGCUGCCUCAGCCAACAGCAAGGUGCACAGCUAGCUCUGGGUGGAGUGGCCCUAAACCAGCUUCAUCCCCAUUCUUUUUCAUCCAGUACAAAUUCUGUAACAUUGCCUCAUUUUCACCAUGCAUUCAGAUAACUAUCAUCUUUUUUAGGGCUCCUUUUCAUACCCAGAUUUCUGAAGGAGAAAAGCCCCAAACCAUUUAAGAACUUUUAAAAAGGACAUUAUAAACAUUGUAGAAUGUUCCAGGAAGUAACAGAGUGAAUAGAUGUAUUUUAUCUAAUACUUACUAGUUUCAUAGCAUAUGACACUUGCAACAAUGCCAUCUUUUCUGCUCAAUACCCUCCAUGUUUUCACACUUAAACUAAAUAGCUGAACUAGUGUUCUUCAGUGGAAAUACAAAUGUAUCUAGAACAUGCACAAAACAUGAUGGCUGCUAUGGGGGUGAGGGUGGGAAACAUAACUUUUUAAAUGAGCCAUGACUCGCAGUUAGUUUAUACAAAUGACUUGAACAUUGUUCAUAUGUAGAAUCUAGGAGGGUCCAGUAGGUUUUAAUGGCAAGCACUUAAUCACUGAGCUUUAAGAAUUUUUAAUUUAAGUUGUGACUUCCUUCAAUUAUUUUAUCUCCUCUCACUUUUUUAAAAACAAAAUAUUUGCUCUGGUGAUUAGGUUGAACUCAAAUUUCUUUUUUUUUUUGAGGUGCACUUCCACUGUGUGUGGAGAUAUGGUGUUUUCUCCAGGGUUGGAAAUAACUACCACUGUUGUAGCCUAAGAAUAAAUGUCUUGUAUAAAUGGCUUUUUCUGAAGAGGAAGUAUAUGGUUAAGACAACACAUUAAUUUUCAUUUAGACCUUAAUCCUGCAAGAUGCUAGGCAUUCUGGGCCUAAUCCAAGAAAGCACUUAAGCCUAAACUUAGCUUUAAGCACGAGUGGUCCCACUGACGCCAGCACUCAGCCCCUUGCACAAUCUAACUCUCAGGCUAUGUCUACACUAGCUUUUUUUUGUCAGCAAAACUACACCGCAACCACCAAAAGCACCAGUGUAGACAGCACUAUGUCAGCAGGAGAUAUGUCCCGCCGACAUAUCUGCCAUUGCUCAUUGGAGGUGUUUUAAUUAUGCCGGCAGGAGAGCUCUCUCCCGCUGGCAUAGAACAACUACACAGGAGACCUUACAGCUGCGCUGCUGUACAGUCUGUAGUGUAGACACAGCCUCAGGAAAGAUUAUGUUCCUCAUCCAAGCAAGCUCUGUUCACUUUUGGUUGAUAAUGAUGGCCUUUGUUUAGUCCAGACAAGUGGUAAUUCAUCGUGAAAACAAUGAGGAGUCUGGUAGCAUACAGACUAAUAUGGCUACCCCUCUGAUACUUAUUCAUUGUAACAAUCUGUAGCAUAAAUGUUCCUUGGCAGCUAAACUACUCUAGCAACAUAAGCUUGAUGUUACAGUCCUCCACAUAUGUAUGGCAGCUCUUGUUGCAGUCAAUGACUGGUCUAAAGUCCUUCUGGAUGCAAGAUCAGAGAAGGUCCCACCGUGACUCUUCCACAGCUACAAAUAGUGUCAAACCCCCACUAAAGUUGGAUAAAUAUAUGGCAGGUAUGAAAAUGUUAAGUAAUUUUAUAUUCAUGGUUUCAGCACAGUAGUAAUUAACAAAUUAUAUCUAGCCAUUAAGUUACAUUUGUUUGUAUAAACCAAAACAGAAAUAUGCUCUUUUUUGUUUGUGUUUUGUUUUUGUAAAUUGUGUGUAUAUAGUUCCUUUCUAAAAGUCUUCAGGUGUCAAAGUGCCAUCAACUGACAAGACCUGGUGAACUCAUGCAAAUUGGAAAAGAUAACACACUACAAACUCUGUUUUUUUCAAAAGAAAACCUUCAGGGUUCAUUCAUCUCCCGUAAACCACUUCACAAAGAUCCUGUGGUUUUUAGUUUGCUGCUGUUGCUGAUUAGGUUCUUCUGCAUCAAAAGAAAACACAGAAAUGUAAAGUCCAAAUCCUGCAAGGUGCUCUCUGCCCUCAAGUCCCAUUAAGUUGUUUAAAAAUAGAUUGAUGUAUUAAUGAACUACUAAAAAAAGCCCUUCUCCGAAAACUUCAGGAAUGCUAGUGUAUGCCUGUUGUGCAUUUUUAAAUUAUUCUAGGACUUUAUGGAUAAAAGCUUUAAAAAUUUGUUUUGUGGGUGUAGAUUUAGAUGAAUUAAUUUACUGUGUUGUCCUUUCUGAUUGCACAUUGUAUUCACUUUGCUUCAUCCACUAUUGUAUAUCUUUAACAAUAUGGAUUUUUAUAGGCAUUGUCUAAACAUAUAAUAUUAAUGAGCAUUUUAUCAGUUUGGUUUGAACUUCUGCAAAGAGUUUAACUAAAUAUUUAAAUCAUUUUCCUUCACUUAAGGGUCACGGUUAAAAGAAAUGCAACACAGAUACUGAGCUAGAAUCAUGACCAUGUUCUGUAUGGAAAUGUUCAUCUUUAGCAGGAUUCCACAUUUAUGAUCCAUCAAGAGAACCUGUGCCCAUACCUGCUUACAAGCUAUUCUGAAAUACAGCACUGUGCCUUCUAGAGGGGUGCUAGUCUUCUGUAGUUAAUGAAGAGUGCUUCAAGUUCAAAUAAGAAGUAACAUGAAUCACCUGUGUUAGUAGAGCUCCUAGAUAGCAGGACGUAAUGGUGAUUAAAACAUUCUAAUGAAAAAGGUAAUCAGUUAUUUUAAUUCAAUUCAAAAUAGCUUCUAACAUUCCCGAAAGCUUAAAUGUAGGGGUAGCCUAAACACAGGCCCUGUUUUGUAUUGAAUCACUAAGGGCACUACAGGUCAUGUAUCCAGUAAGAAUUUUUAUCUUUAGAAUCUCAGAACACUACAAAUACUAAAGAGGUGUGUCAUAUUCUAAAGUAGGAGUUUGGGGCAGGAUCAGGGGGAGAUUUUCUUUUCUUUAAAUUUAGUGUUCUUAAGAAGGCCUCCACUGAAAGCCCUGGAGAUUGACAUGUGUUCAUCCGUAGGACAAGAACAACUCACACAAUAGCUUCCCCCACACUGCCCAUUUCCCUCAACAGACCAUCUCUUUAUGCAAAGACUUUAACGACUGAGCUGCUUUAGGAUCGAGACAUCAUGUCAGUGGAAGGAAAACGUUAAAAGAUGUAAAGUGACAUUAUGUUGAGGAGGGUGUUUGGAACGUCCGUGCUUGGGAGACCAGUCUGGGAACCAAGAACUCCCAAAUUCUCAUCCCAGCUGCAUCACUUCACCUGUCUGGCUCCAUUUCCCAAUCCAUAAAAUGAGGAUAGUGAUACUUACCUACUUCACAGGAGUUACGUUUGUGUAUCCAGAAAAAGAAAUCAACUUGAGAAUUAAUCAGGGAACAUGAAGAGCAUUGAAGCUGAGAGACAAGAUUGAGUUUACACCUCUCUCUCUUUUUAUUGGAAGGAGGAUAUGAGACUAUUAAGAAUAUGAAUUGGAUUCACAGUUCAUACCCAAGUCAUUAAACUAAUGAACCUCUCCUAUCCUGUCUAAACAAAAUGAACCACUGCUGGAUCAUAUUAAAGAAGUUCUGUAUUAAAAUCACAAAUGAGUUUGAUUCCCCAUAGUUUAGAUUCCAGGGUAUUACUAAUUAAGAGAUCUCUUGGUUUUUGGUACUGUUUCUCUCCCUCUAUGUGUGAAACUUGCAAGCUGCUAAUUGCAUUAGUACAUUCUAAGACAGAGUCUGUUCUCAAAACAAUUCACACAGAGAGAGACUCAAAGCAAUACUCUGUAACAACAGAAACAGCACCCAGAGACUCCCCGCCCUUUUGUUGUAUUAACAAUUGUGAUUAAAAUAGAGCUAGAGGAUGUAUGUGGAUGGAUGCUUGGUGUGGAUAAUAACUGAAUGAUCAGGGAGGUGCCAGCCUAAGAAUCCAGUGUCCAUCGGCUGAAGAAGGCGUCAAGCGGAAAUAACCAGAGGUCCCCCGCAGGGCAGACUGGAAUCCACCCAACAGCCUCAAGAAUGGGAGAGCCAAAGAACAAGAUAACAUCUAGCAGCACGGAGCCGUCAGGAAUGUGCUAUCUGCUGAUUGAUUCAGCAACAGCAUGAUGAAGCAAUUCCCAUAGACUGGCAUAGGAAGAAAUUCCUAUAAAAAUAGACUCUAAAAAGUGACAACUUUGGGGGGUCUGAUUCUGCAAACCAACUUCCAGGAGCAUCAGAUGAGCAUCUGACAAGGCCCUGCUCCCUCCUCAUGUCCAGGCCACCUGGCCAGUGGCUUGGCAUGAGCAACUCUAAGGCUGGUAACUAUGAUGCCAACCUUGCAGAACCUGUGUGUGUGUGUUUGUAUGAAUGAAUGUGUGAAUAAAUAUGAGAUUGAAUGGAAUGUUAUAGCUAUAACUAACUGCUUACUAUGAUUCUUUCUGUAUUCACAAUAAAUGUGGUAUUUUGCCUUUUUCCCUUUAAUAA